GCACCAGGAUGUAACGUUAAGCAUGGAGUCGAGUGACUGACUGGGCUUGAUGACCAACAACGGUAUUUUCAUUAGUGUCGAAGGAGGAGGCAUGGAACACCCAGCUUGUAUUGUGGAGGACUUGAAGCAGUUUGUGGUAAACGACGCCCCGCCAACAGUGUAUUACAUCCCAGAUUUCAUAUCGGAAGACGAGGAGUCUUAUCUUCAACAGCAGGUGUACAAGUCCCCCAAAACUAAAUGGACUCAGCUGUCAGGCAGAAGGCUUCAGAACUGGGGAGGGUUACCGCACCCCAGGGGCAUGCUGGCGGAAAAGAUGCCCGACUGGCUCCGGACGUACUGCGAGAAGAUUUCCUCUCUCGGUGCGUUCGGUGGGAAAACCGCCAAUCACGUGUUGGUGAAUGAGUAUAAAGAAGGGGAAGGGAUCAUGCCUCAUGAAGACGGCCCUCUGUACCACCCUACCGUCACCACCGUCAGCCUGGGCUCUCACACCCUCCUGGACUUCUACGCGCCGGUCGGCGUCCAGGAGGGCGACGCGUCGCCCCAGACGGAGGAGAACCGCUUCCUCUUGUCCCUGCUGGUGAAGCCUCGAAGUCUCCUGAUCCUCCAGGAGGAAAUGUACCGGCGACUCCUUCACGGCAUCCGGCCUCGCAGCCACGACACGCUGACGGACACGGUGGCGAACCUGUCCGCCGCCGGGGCCGUGCCGGGAGAGACGCUGGCCCGAGGCACCAGAGUGUCACUGACCAUACGGCAUGUGCCCAAAGUCAUGAAGACAACGCUUGUGCUGGGGAGGAAGUGAAGAGCACGAUGGCCUGAUCGUUUGUCUUGGUUCCACGUGCUACAUCUGUCUCCCCCAGGCUGCUUUGUGAGGUGCAUUUCACCCGUAAUCCAUCACUUCUAGCUUGGUUAAAUAUCUGUGGUGCCUCAAGUGACUUUUUUUUGUGGACAUUAUCAAAGACGACAAUACCGAGAGGGUGGCAACUUGAAAUUGUGUCAACCGUGGUUUCAUUCUCAAAAUGCAUUUUAAGGGAGUACGUGUGGGAUCUGUGUCGCAAACGUCUACAGAGGAAGAAUGGUUUCUUUAGGAUGUGUGUUAGUAAUUGAUGAAUGACUGUAAUCAUUAUUCAGUUGAUUCGUUAAAUACAUAAAAAUGGAUCUAAAAUCA